AUGAACACUCUGGCCAGCAACAAGGCCAACAUGCUCAGGGAGGUCCAGCUCAUGAACCGGCUCUGCCACCCCAAUAUACUCGGGUUCCUGGGAGUGUGUGUACAGGAGGGCCAGCUCCAUGCUCUAACUGAGUACAUCAACGGGGGUAACCUGGAGCAGCUGCUGGACAGUGACAGGUAUCUGUCGUGGUCGGUGAGGAUGGGGCUGUCUCAGGACAUCGCCUGUGGCCUGCAGUACCUCCACAGCAAGGGCAUCUUCCACAGAGACCUCACCUCCAAGAACUGUCUGGUGCGCUGUGAGAAUGGUGUGUUCACUGCAGUAGUGGGAGACUUUGGUCUGGCAGAGAAGAUUCCAGACUACAGGUUAGUGCUGUGAGAAGAUUCCAGACUACAGGUUAGUGCUGUGAGAAGGUUCCAGACUAGAGGUUAGUGCUGUGAGAAAGUUCCUCUAGAUUACAGGUUAGUGCUGUGAGAAAGUUCCUCUAGAUUACAGGUUAGUGCUGUGAGAAGGUUCCAGACUACAGGUUAGUGCUGUGAGAAGGUUCCAGACUACAGGUUAGUGCUGUGAGAAGGUUCCAGACUACAGGUUAGUGCUGUGAGAAGGUUCCAGACUACAGGUUAGUGCUGUGAGAAAGUUCCUCUAGAUUACAGGUUAGUGCUGUGAGAAGGUUCCAGACUACAGGUUAGUGCUGUGAGAAAGUUCCUCUAGAUUACAGGUUAGUGCUGUGAGAAAGUUCCUCUAGAUUACAGGUUAGUGCUAUGAGAAAGUUCCUCUAGAUUACAGGUUAGUGCUGUGAGAAGGUUCCUCUAGAUUACAGGUUAGUGCUGUGAGAAGGUUCCAGACUACAGGUUAGUGCUGUGAGAAGGUUCCAGACUACAGGUUAGUGCUGUGAGAAGGUUCCAGACUACAGGUUAGUGCUGUGAGAAGGUUCCAGACUACAGGUUAGUGCUGUGAGAAAGUUCCUCUAGAUUACAGGUUAGUGCUGUGAGAAAGUUCCUCUAGAUUACAGGUUAGUGCUGUGAGAAAGUUCCUCUAGAUUACAGGUUAGUGCUGUGAGAAAGUUCCUCUAGAUUACAGGUUAGUGCUGUGAGAAGGUUCCAGACUAGAGGUUAGUGCUGUGAGAAGGUUCCAGACUACAGGUUAGUGCUGUGAGAAGGUUCCAGACUACAGGUUAGUGCUGUGAGAAGGUUCCAGACUACAGGUUAGUGCUGUGAGAAGGUUCCAGACUACAGGUUAGUGCUGUGAGAAGGUUCCAGACUAGAGGUUAGUGCUGUGAGAAAGUUCCUCUAGAUUACAGGUUAGUGCUGUGAGAAGGUUCUAGACUACAGGUUAGUGCUGUGAGAAGGUUCCGGACUACAGGUUAGUGCUGUGAGAAGGUUCCGGACUAGAGGUUAGUGCUGUGAGAAGGUUCCAGACUACAGGUUAGUGCUGUGAGAAGGUUCCAGACUACAGGUUAG